UGCGAAAAAGUAAUGAAAUAAAAUAUAUGAGCAUUGCAAUUGUAAGCUAAGCGAAAAUUUUAGGGGCUAUUCGGGGAGCGAGUGGUUUACAUGGGAACAUAGUGGGAUUGCAAUUAAUAUGAUCCUAUUACUGCCACUUGGGUGACAUAUGGUCCAGGCUAAACCAACUAAUCGCCGAUAUACACUUGCUCCAAGCCUGCGUUUAAAUAGCAUUUCAAUGCUGUUUUUUUCACAUUAUUCUUAAUAGUGUCGAGGCCUUUUUAAUUUUGCAUUUGGUCAGUAUAUAAUUAUGCGUUAUGUGUUCAGAAUUUUGCAUCGAAACUCUUUUUGCGUUUAUUGCAGGUGAUCCCUUGUUUAAGAGUUAACAAAAUAGAGGAAGCGCAAAGCAAUGACACAAAAGAGCUAACCGAUGGACCCCUCCAAGGAGGCCUUCCUGUUUGUUAUUGAAUUAAAACUAACAAUACAAUUAUAGCUCGAUAGAUACCUUGUUUUUUAACAGAAAGCGUCUGUAAUAGCUGGUUAAUACAACAACACACCCGAAAGCAAGUUUCUGAAUAGAAUUUUCGUUCUUUCUGGUCAUGGAGGAGAGUCUUGCGUGCCGUCAUCAUAUUUCAUCUGCUACUAAAUGCACCUGCUUUGAGAAAGAGCACUAUAGCUUCUCCACAAAUCAAGACUCUAUGGAAAAACCGAAAUUCUCCAUCGACUCACUCCUGGCGAAGAAAUGCAGAAAAGAGAAAGAUACAGCUCGUUAUGGGGAGAUGCAUCGAUACCACCCCUACUAUGGCAUGGGAAGUUCCCUUGGCCAGUCUACUAGCCGCCAUUCAACACACAUUGACGAGGAUUCCCACGAUGGGGUCUGGUUACUAGAAAAGCCAAAGCGCAUGCGCACAAUAUUCACGAUGGAGCAGCUGGAGCGAAUGGAGAAGGAGUUUGCCCACCAGCAGUAUAUGGUGGGGACAGACAGAUAUUUCCUGGCCGUCGAGCUUGGAUUGACAGAAACUCAAGUUAAAGUCUGGUUUCAAAAUCGGCGAAUCAAAUGGCGUAAACAACUCCUUGAAACCCAGCGGCAGCUCAGGACUGCGAGGAAUGCCGAAAAACAGCAGACCGAGGAGGACUUGGACUAGACACUGUCACGUCUUGAAUCACGUGAUCAAUUAACUCCUCCAUCGUACCCUUGUAAAAAAUACUAAUGGACACUGUCAAAAUGUCUCUUAUACCAUUUUGGUGUUGGUUCCUAUUAAAAAUAGACUCGGUUGUGAACGUCAAAAUACUAGUAAAUUGUGAAAGAGCAAACCAGCAAAUUAAAUGUAGAUAUAGAAACUUGAAUAAGUACGGUAUAGAAUCCGUUAAUAGGUUGAUCAAUUGGCGUUGGCGCAUCCCCAUUUAGAUAAUUGUUGACUUUUUGUCACACUUUUGUUCAAAUACAAAGUCAAUUAAUUCAGGAUAACGCUGUCUAUAGAGCUUUGUUUUGCUCUAAUGAGUUGUCUCUGAAAGUGCUAGAAUGUUUUACUAUUAUCCGCGAAAUCAAAAUCUAGACAGUUUUGGAGAUGUAGGAAAUGAAUUAAUUUUUACCUGUCUUCGUUAUAGCUUGAGAUUUACACAAGAUCCGCGUGUAAUUUAGAGAAAAAUCAUAGAUUCAGAUAGAAAAUCCAAUGUGAAGUUAAACAACAGAUGAAUCUUA